AUGGCCAGCCCCUCACCUGUACCUCCUCCAGCAGCAGAAGCGCCCCCAAAACUCGCAAUACCAACGACCCCACCGCCACCACCACCGCCGCCGUCAACCACGGCAGUAGCAUCGCCGUCGAAGCGUCGAAGCUCGUCAUCGUCAUCACCAUCAUCGUCCACCACGACAAACACGACCGCAAACAACACAAAGCGACAGCGAAGGAAAGCGCCGGCAGCAUCAACAUCAGCUGAGGAGAUGGAGCCCAGCGCGGAGCGCCCAAGGCUGAGUGAACAAGAGAAGAAGAACAACCAUAUCGCGUCGGAGCAGAAGAGGCGUAUGGCGAUUAGGGAGGGGUUUGAUCGCUUGACGGAGAUCGUGCCUGGGUUGGAGGGACAGGGAAGGAGCGAGAAUAUCGUGUUGAAGAAGUCCGUCGAUCAUAUGCGUGAUGUGUUGAACGAGCGCCAGCAGCUGAUAAAGCAAAUCCAAGCGCUGGGUAGGGAAGUCCCACCAGAGUUCCAGUGA